UAACCUUUGGAUCUUUGGAUACUCCGUAGAAUUUUUGUAAUUACGUUUUUCCUUCUCCUGGAAGCUAGAUGUAAGCGGUUGGCCCGAUGUAGUAGGUACGCCUUCGGAAAUGGCGGCCUGACUAAGCACCCGCCUCUUAUGAUAUUACAACAGCCCAGAGCCUUUCGCUCACGUCUUAAUCUACCCUUCGUCCGCCCACCUCCUAACCCUUAAUUCUCGACCGUACCUUCAUUUCCCGUCGGAUGUCCGACCUUAAAUCUCCUUCAGAAACCAUUCGAUAGUUUGAUUUCAUGCCCCAGCUUUACUUUCACGUGCAUGAAGUCAUAGCACAAACAUUGAAAUGUCACCAAAACCGAUCUCUUUCGCAUAUCGAUUCGAGGAUGGAUGUGCCAUGAAUAUCGACUACCAGAGGCACGAAUAUCGCAUAUGCUGGAAUGGCGACUGGCGAAAGCCUCCGGAUCUCAGUCACUUUCCCGCGGUGGAUGGUUCCGUGACUCUUAUACCACAUAGUCGGGAGGUUGAAGAGCUUUGGGCCAAGUCUGACGUCUUAAAAUGUGGAGCGGACGCUCAUAUCAGAAUCCUAAAGAAUAAAAAGGAUGCAUUCCCUGUCAUCAAGGUCGGCAUGGACGACCGCCAAAGACGCCUGAUUGCCGACGAAUUUUCUAUUCUCUGUUACUUGGCAUCUCAUGGCUGUCCUGUCGUCCGCGUACACUCUGAGCCUUUUGUGGAUGACAAAGGCAUCUUCGGUUUUAGGAUGGAGGAGCUGUUCGAGAUCGAAAUCGCCAGUGGACGGACGCAUGCCGCACAGAUCCUCAGCUCUAUCAAGAAAAUACAUGAAGUAGGGGUUAUUCACAACGACCUCUCCCCCAAUAAUCUCAUGAAGAACAGAGAAGGUUGCCUGACUUUGAUUGACUUCGGUCACGCUGGCUAUCUGGGGGAUCAGAUCCCUUCCGACAUGCGAGCACCAAACUCGAACUGCGACAGGUACUCUGUCGAGCAUGAUAUGAAUGCUGUGAAGCGAGUUCUUGACAUAUAUGGUCGGAACGGAUUUGUCCAGUUCAUUCCCCGGAGUAAACUCAGCUCGCUUUCUUCCCUGAUGUAACUUCAACAGCCCAGAAAAAUCGUGUAGUUCCAGUCGCGCCCUUUGAUGGGGUGACAACGCCUGCCAAACACCAAAUCCCCUGAGAGUCUGGAUCGCGCAGCCGCUGAAGCGAGUAUCCCCAACCA